UCCAAAUGGCUUCUUCACAUCCUUCCAUUGCUAGGCUUGUAGCUAUUUUUCUCUUCUUGGGUGGACUGGUGGCCCACUCACAUGGAGGUGGCAUUGCAAUCUACUGGGGCCAGAACGGGAAUGAGGGCACUCUUGCCGAGACAUGCGGCACUGGCAACUACGACUUCGUGAACUUAGCUUUCCUUAGCACCUUUGGCAAUGGCCAGACCCCACAGAUCAAUCUAGCAGGCCACUGCGACCCGUACUCCAACGGUUGCACAGGACUGAGUGACGACAUCCGGACUUGCCAAGAUCAAGGGGUGAAGGUGAUUCUCUCUAUCGGAGGAGGGGCUGGGAGCUACUCCCUAGCAUCAGCAGACGAUGCACGGCAAGUGGCUGAGUAUCUGUGGGACAAUUACCUAGGUGGGCAAUCCUCAUCACGCCCGUUGGGUGAUGCGGUUCUCGACGGCAUUGAUUUUGACAUCGAGGGCGGGACCACCGAGCACUGGGAUGACCUCGCCAGAGAUCUUUCUUCUUAUAGUUCUAGAGGAAAGAAAGUCUACCUAACAGCGGCCCCACAGUGCCCAUUCCCUGAUGCAUGGGUGGGUGGGGCAUUGGAAACAGGCUUGUUUGAUUAUGUAUGGGUCCAGUUCUACAACAACCCUCCUUGCCAGUACACUUCGGGCGAAGUCGGGAAUCUGGACGAUGCUUGGAAGCAAUGGACUUCGUCGAUCAAGGCAACCAAAAUUUUCUUGGGAUUGCCAGCGGCUCCAGAGGCAGCUGGGAGUGGUUUCAUCCCUACUGGGGAUCUGACCUCCAAAGUGCUUCCUUUAUUGAAGGACUCUAGCAAGUAUGGUGGGGUGAUGUUGUGGUCAAAGUACUAUGAUGAUCAGACCGGAUAUAGCUCAGCUAUCAAACAUGAUGUAUAAUCUCUCUGUGUCAGCGUUUUGGGUGGGGCCUCUGGUGAUAGGAUCAUGACCCAAGUGCUUUUGGCGGUGGGUCCAUGACCACUGUUCAGGUCCACCGUCUAAAAUGCGUGUGUAUGUUUGUGCAUGUUGUG